CAGGGAGGGGGCAGGAGCCGCCGCAGCGCUCGGAGCGCAGGCACAGCCCGGCACCAUGAAGUUCCAGUACAAGGAGGACCACCCGUUCGAGUACAGGAAAAAGGAGGGGGAGAAGAUCCGCAAGAAGUACCCGGACAGAGUCCCCGUAAUUGUGGAAAAAGCACCAAAAGCCAGAGUACCUGACCUAGACAAAAGGAAGUAUCUCGUGCCUUCUGACCUCACAGUGGGUCAAUUCUACUUCUUAAUCCGAAAGCGGAUCCACCUGAGGCCAGAAGAUGCCCUGUUCUUCUUUGUCAAUAAUACCAUCCCUCCCACCAGUGCUACCAUGGGCCAACUCUAUGAGGAUAACCACGAGGAGGACUAUUUUCUGUACGUGGCCUACAGCGACGAGAGCGUCUACGGCAAGUGAGCAGCAGCCCCUCAGGCCUGCAGGGUGGAUGGACUGAUGGAGUGGAUUGGCAUGGGGAGGGGGGUUGUUGGAGAGGCAGGAGGAGGAUGCAUGAGAAGAGGGAAAAGAGAAAACUGGAGGUGAACCACCGUUGCACACUGUCAUCGACUUCCACACAUUAAUUAUAACCAUUAUUUUUUUAAAUCGAGGGGAGGGAGGGGAGGGGGACGGUGGACUGGAAGAACUAACAAGGGGUUCCACGCUGAGGGAUGGGGAGGCUCCACUGUUCACAGUUCUUCUCUUGCCACAGCUGUAAGUAGUUAGCUCGUGCCGGAGGCUGCUGGACAAGGCAGUGUGGGGAAGCUCCAGGAGAGUGACUGGGCAGGAUGGCCA